AUGAGCGACAAUUUGGCGCCUAAGUUCGCACAACUCAGUGUUCGUUCGGAUAAAGUUGAGGAAGAAUCGCCGGGUUUCUCCCGCACCAAUGGCGAAGAGGAGAAGGGGAAGAAUAAUCCUUGGAAGCUGAUUACAGAAAAAAUCAAAUGGCAGAAUUACGAGGUUGGUAACGCAACUUUUGCCAUUCGUGGCCGUGGUAGUUACAUGGGUCCAUCCCUGAGCGCCCCACAUUAUACCUUCCGCAGAGGUGGCCCCAGUUUUCGGGGACGUGGUUCAGAUGCAGUUCGACCUCGUGGCGCAAACGGUUUAUAUGCGAGGAAUCCGUUUCGAGCCCCCGGUUUGCGCAAUCCUGUGGAACCUCGCGAUGAAAAGAUCGCAGUUACUACUACGAUGGAUGCAGAGACCGUUACUUCACAUCAAGAAAAUCGUCACAAAGUGUCUCCUACGGAUCCAGCUCCGGAUGACCAAGGCCAAUGCAUUGCGAAUGAAGAAACGUCCGUCUCGGGCCCUGUGCCUCCAAGCACUGGAACACUGUCUCCAUUCACAGAUACGUCGUUACCUGUCAGGUCCGUGGUAACUCAGUCCAGUCAGAUCAAACGCUCAUAUCGUGACCGCAUGUCGGCACCUCAGGCUGUGUCCACUCAACCAUCGACAACAGGGGUCUACGAGGCAGGACCUGUUGGGCGUGCCAGACGUUGCUACAUGCGUCAACAUCAAGCUGCUUACGUGUCCGAGCCUGAAACACCCUCAGCGACGCAUCCAUUGGUAUCCACCGCCAUCCAACCACUAGUUCAGUACCAGCCGGUCGCUCCAAUCACGUAUUACAUCCCAGGCACACCCGCUGUCGGUACCGCUCUUUGGGGGCCUAACUUGCAGCUGACGGCAUCCUCGGGCUCGCACCAUACUGUUCAAACGAAUGUUGCUCCGAUUUCUGUGGCCAAUCCGGCGCUAAUUCCAGUACCCACCCCUCAACCGGGACCCUCCGUCGGAAGUGUGGAUGGCUCACAGCCAAUUUUAAAUGAUCUGAGUCUAACGUCGACAGUCUUGCCCCACACAUUACCACGCGGUACUGGUGAUUUGCCGUCAUUCAAAGGAUUGAAUGUAAGCGAAGUGCAGGUGGAGGUAGUAGACGUAGACAAGGUCAUAGCUUUCGUCAAUGAGCACGGGUGGCAGAAUGUAAUAUUCCCACCAAGCUUGAAGGAGCACCCUGCAGUUGCAGCAUCUAUUCGUGCUGCGCUAAGCAAAAUGGAAGCAGGCGAAGUAAUCGAAAGCGGAGUUCGCCGAUCGGAGGAAGCAAAUCAUGAAGACACAGGUGAAAAACCAUCCGGGAAACCAGAUGAUGUGAUCAUUGUGGAAGGACGGUUCUUCUUUGUACCCCGCAAUGUGAAUCGUACCAAGUUCCUGAAAUUUGUGUCUAAAUCGGAUUAUAUCAGACAUCAUGUGGAGUACUACUUCAGCCGCUCCAAUCUCAACCGGGACAUUCAUCUGGCCUCUAUUUUGGCGGCGAAUCAAGACGUUUGUCCAAUCAGUGAGCUACUCCAGUUCAAUCGUUUACGAUUCGUGUCAACAACAAAGACUGAAUUGUUGGAGGCAGUGGCGAGUAGUCCCUCUGUUGCUGUAACCUACUCAACGGAUGGGUCUCCAAUAGGCAUUGUCCGUAUCAUGGCACCAGCCCCUAGUGCGCCUUCCACAACUAUGGGGGACACGCCAUUCACUCAAAAUUCCACCGAAUCAUCCUUAACCCCUCCGAACGCUACACAUGUGUCAGAAACAACGACAAAUUCAGUGUCGGCGGUGAACACUAGUACCAGUUUGGUUCAAACUGCGACCCCAAACGGCGAUGCUGCUCAGCCUUCUCGACCGGUUCAUCUGAUCUCAACAGCGUCAACAGUGUCUUACUCUACAACACAUACUACCACAAACUCCGCGAUACCCAUGCCUCCAUUAAUCGCAACACCUGGCCAUAUCCCUGCGCAGUAUCUGCAAUCUCCAGCAUUUGUGUUGAACUCCGUCCCCCGCAUGGAAUUUAACAAUGCCUCCCCAGGAAGUGUCACAUACCCUGGAUUCACUGCUUCUCAGCUUCAACAGUACUACUCUCAGUCGGAUGCAGGCGCGGCUCUACCUCAAGCAGCUUCCAUAACUUUUCCCAAUCAGCAAAACUUAUAUCCUCAUCACCAGGCAUUAGUUGCGGCUGCGGCAAACCAGCCGUCUCUCCUUUCGUCCCCCAAUCAACCGAACCUUCAACCACCAGACGGAAGUGCCGCAUUUAUGACUGCUAUCUACCGUAUCGCCACGCCUGGACACCCCUCGCCUACGGUGGGUGCGUUUUUGCCCCCGGUAGGGAACACCACAGCAUUGGCUGCUCCGAACAACUCGCCUGUGUUUUUUCAAUUCCUACCUACCGCUCACCCCUCACCAGGCUAUCUAGGCUCUGCUGCAAACAAUCCUAGUUCGUUAUUCAAUCGACCAGUGGGGGCUUUGAAUCCUGGUGGUGUUUGGAUUCCCGUAGCUACACCGGGAGGUGGAAUCGCAGUUCCCAAUAUAACACCCACACAACCCUUUCCUCACUAUGUAACAUUAUCCCAUGGUCCACAUGCCAUCACCGUGCCGAAUGCUGUGGGAGCUUCUUUUGGUGGAACUAUACCCCAUCCCAUGCAAGCCACCACUUUACCCCAAAUCCCCACUGCUUUGAUCGAUGCUUUGUAUGCUGGUCAGGCAGACCAAAACAUGUCCAGGGAUUUAGUCGUUGGGCGAUCCGUCAAGAUGAACGCGGCUUCGAAGCCUGCGUUGAUUCAUCGAUUGCGUAAUACAUUGAAACGACCAAAUCGUAGUGACCUCGUGGAAUGGAGCGCUCUACGAUGUUUUGGUAAGCACACCAGUCGAAUGCUGAUGCUGAUCACCGGUGGACGCAAUAAUGCAGCUAUUAAGCUAAACACAUCGAAAAAUGUGGAACUGCCUUUUAGUAGGUUGUCGGUGUAUACCUUUGGUUGCGGUCAUAAUGGAGUUGAAUAA